UAUUCUUCCUUUUCUAUUACAACAUGUCUUCUGGAUUGAAAUCAAGGUUUCCGAAAAGAAAACGAAAGAAAAAGAUAUUUGAACACAAUUAUUACGAAGAGUAUGAAAAAGAGUUAGAGAAAUAUGGUUCAGAAAAUGAAUCUUUAGAUUCUCAAUCGGAUCGAUACUAUUUGAAUUAUCAACCUGAACGCGAUUACGAUUACUAA